AAACAAUCAAACUCGGGAAAUGCGUUCAAUGCCGUGACUGCAAAGGCAAAUCAACGGUCUACCCAACCCAAGAACCAGUCCCUACACACCCAAUCUGUAUCUCUCUCUCUCUCUCUCUCUCCCGCGAAAACUCCAGCAUAGGCAAAUAGGUACAGUUCUAGUGUCUCGACCUCUCACUCAAAUCCGACACAGUCUCUCUCUCUCCUUAAACUCUACGAGCUAAAUACUAAAAAGGGUUUUAGUACUAGGUUUAUGUCCCAAAGUCCAAACUAAGUUCGGGUCGGACCCCAAAAAAAAAAAGAAAAAAAAAAAAUGAAGCACAAGGCCGAGCACAGUUCCACCACCAAGCUACUCAACUACUUUCUCAUCGGACUCAUCGUGUUUCUCGGUCUUGUCUGCUUGUACCUCGUAUCUUUUUUAGCUCCGGGAUCGCGUAGAUCCGACCAAGAAACUUCCGGAUUCCUCGGAUCCGACCCGGUUCUCCAAACCCAUGAUGUCGAUGAUUUCCUUCAAGUCCAGGACCUAAAUCCUGAGGCCCCCAGAAGCAUCCCUAUCUGUGAUUUGAGGUUUUCAGAGUUGAUACCUUGUUUAGAUAGGAACCUUAUCUACCAACUGAAAUUGAAGCUGAAUUUGUCGUUAAUGGAGCACUAUGAGCGUCAUUGCCCGCCUCCAGCGCGUCGGUAUAACUGUCUGGUUCCACCCCCAUCUGGUUACAAGAUCCCUAUUAGAUGGCCGGAGAGUAGGGACGAAGUGUGGAAGGCAAAUAUACCCCACACACAUCUUGCACAAGAGAAAUCAGAUCAGAAUUGGAUGGUUGUUAAUGGGGACAAGAUAAAUUUUCCCGGUGGAGGUACUCAUUUUCACGAUGGAGCUGAUAAGUACAUCAUUGCUCUUGCUAAGAUGCUUAAGUUUUCUGGUGAUAAACUCCACAAUGGCGGAAAUAUUCGAAAUGUUCUUGAUGUGGGUUGUGGUGUUGCAAGUUUUGGAGCCUAUCUUCUUCCCCUCAACAUUAUAGCUGUGUCUCUUGCUCCUAAUGAUGUACAUGAGAAUCAAAUACAAUUUGCACUAGAGAGAGGAAUUCCAGCAACUCUUGGUGUCUUGGCAACAAAAAGACUUCCUUAUCCAAGCAGAUCAUUUGAACUGGCUCAUUGUUCACGAUGUCGAAUUGAUUGGCUUCAAAGAGAUGGAAUUCUCUUAUUAGAACUUGACAGAUUACUAAGACCAGGAGGGUAUUUUGUAUACUCUUCUCCUGAAGCAUAUGCACAUGAUCUAGAAAAUCGGAGGAUCUGGAAUGCUAUGUGCAAUCUUCUUAGAAGAAUGUGCUGGAGACUUGUUGUAAAGCAAGACCAGACUGUUAUAUGGGCAAAGCCAUUGACGAAUAGCUGUUACUUAAAGAGAGAACGUGGGACAUUGCCCCCUUUGUGCAGUUCUGAUGAUGACCCAGAUGCAACUUGGAAUGUGUCCAUGAAGGCAUGCAUCUCCCCAUACUCUAAGAAGAUGCACAAGGAAAAGGGAAGCGGACUAGUUCCUUGGCCACAAAGACUUUCUGCUGCACCACCUCGCCUGGAAGAAAUUGGUGUGAGACGUGAGGAAUUUCAAGAGGACACUAGCAUUUGGCAUUUUAGAGUGACUGAAUACUGGAAGCAGAUGAAAUCUGUUAUCCAGAAGAAUUCCAUCAGAAAUGUCAUGGAUAUGAACUCAAAUCUUGGUGGGUUUGCUGCUGCCCUUAGUGAUAAAGAUGUCUGGGUGAUGAAUGUUGCUCCUGUCAAUGCAUUUGCCAGAUUAAAGAUUAUAUAUGAUCGAGGCUUAAUUGGAACUGUUCAUGACUGGUGUGAAGCAUUUUCUACAUAUCCACGGACGUAUGAUCUUCUGCAUGCCUGGACAUUAUUUUCAGAUAUUGAUGAGCGUGGGUGUGGCGUAGAAGAUCUACUAAUUGAAAUGGAUCGAAUUCUACGGCCAGAUGGUUUUGUCAUCAUUAGAGACAAACCCUCGACCAUUAACUAUAUUCGGAAAUUUCUGACUGCCUUAAGGUGGGAUGGCUGGGUAUCAGAAGUAGAACCAAGGGUUGAUGCUCUCUCCUCAACUGAAGAAAGAGUUUUGAUUGCAAGAAAAAAGUUGUGGGAUGACGGAAUUAUGAAAAUGUAAAUUCUUUUGUGCGUCCAGCCAGCCAGGCAUGUGAGUCUGCACUUUUGGGAGCAUCUCAGCCACAACUGAACAGAAAGUUUGCAGUACCGGGAGCAUGGAAAUUGCUUUCAGUUGCUCUUUGCGACCACUACUUAAUUUGCCUCAAGGUGAAAAUGGGACUACGGCAUAUGUAGAAACAAUCCGUUUGCAGAAUGUGCAACCAUACAGAGACACGUAGCUGUAAACAGUGACAACCAUUACUAUCCAUGACAAGUAGAAGCAUACCUGCGUAAGCUAGAUAAUUUAUUUUAUAUUUAUUGGGAUGUGAGUUUUCGCGUUUAAAAUUAUUGCCAAAAUUAUUCUGGAAAUUGUUAUAUAAGCCUACAGAUACUCCUCAUAUGUCUUAUAACCUUGAUUUAUUCUUUCAUAUCCUGUGUGAAUUACUUAAUCCAUGGCUCCAACUGAAGAGACUAUGGAGUAUGGACCAUACUAUUAUUAGAAUUAGAUUUUAAAAAA